AUGCGGGUGUUGGAGGAAGCCUAUUUGCUGAUCGUGUGCCAAGGUCCCAUCAAGAAUCAACCAUGGGAACCGCACGGUGAAGAGGAAGACGAAGAGGAAGAGACAGAGCAAGAGCAAAAGCAAGAGCAACAGCAAGAGCAACAGCAAGAGCAACAGCAAGAGCAACAGCAAGAGCGAAAUAAUCUAGCCCACUCCCAGCUGCGAGCAGCCGGCGGGAAGUGCGGUGGUCGACAGGCUGUCGCGGCCAAUGCUGAAGCUGACGGACAGCGUGACUACAGUCUCACGAAAUGA